GUCGCGCAUAACAAAUCGCGAAGAAACAAAUAUUGCACGCGAUUAAGUAAUUUCGUUGCGCAAUUCAAGCUUAAUUAUUAAACAGUUCGGAUUAAACUAAAAUAAUCGCGAUUCGAAAGAUUCGUUGAUACCGGAAGAGCGGAAGAGGGAAGUUUUCUCGCGUUGCGCUUGCGGUUUCCGUCGUUUUCUCGAUAAGUAAUAAAGCGAUUAAGUGACGAGGGUAAACAAGGUGAUUAAAGAAAAAUCAAACACGAUAACGGGACGAAAAUAUUGGCCGAGCGUAAAAAUAACCGGCGAAUGUUUAACGAGUGAGAGACGGAAUCGAGAAUCACGAUUUGGGAAAGGGGCACAUGUGUGAUUUAAUUAUGCUUGUGUUAAUUGAGCUCGUCGAUACAAUUGAUUAAAAACUUGAAUAAUGUAAAAUUAACGUGGUUUGAACGAUGUUUUCGUUAACGAUUUAAAUUUUCAAAUAAUCACGCGGAUUAUGUUCAUGAGAUAUCGAUGAACGUGUGUUUGAUAAUUAUUAAUUAACGUGACUCUUAUAUGCAAGAAUAGUUUCUUUUCGAUGGAAGAGAAAAAGAUAUAAGUUUUUCAGUACAACGAGAAACUUCCGAAAGGAUCGUGCCAUAAAACGAGAAUAUCCACACAUUAUGAGAACGUGCUAAUUUAUCGUGACGUCAGCGCACAAUCGCAUCGAACAUCAUUAGCAUAAGCAUGUGACCAGCUAAGGCCACGUGCUCGAAUUUGUCUCAUGCGAGCCAAGAGAGUGUGCUUUCGACAUGUUUUGGAUGAAGAAAGUAUAAUGAAAUUCUCGUGCUUUCCGACGCCAAGUAUCCUGGGACAGAGGGGUAGUAUCAAUCUGAUUUCUCUGUCCAGGAAUGACGAAUCGAACGUGAUCAAUAACGGAAAUGUGAAGAGUCCAGUGGUAACAAGCUAUAGGCAAUCAGGUGAACCAGAUCUGAGUCAUGGAGUGAUACGUACCUUACCUGGUGUUACAAUAUUUAAUGGAAUUGGACCUCCUGUACAUACCAAAGGCAAGGCACCAUCACCACCACGACAGAAUCAUAGUCUUCUUUCCAUAAAACAAGAUGAAGAAAAUGCCAGAAUUUCGGAUGUUCAGCCUGCAAAUCCCAGAGGCGGUAUUAUCGGCAGAACUCCGACGCCACCCUCUGCACCGAGUCCUGUUUACGAAAAAGAUGAAAAGAGUAGACAACAAAUUACAAAAGCUAUCUUGGAGAAUGAAUUCCUUGGUAAUCUUGAAGAAAACCAGGUGGAAGCGUUAGUUUCCGCUAUGUAUUCGAAACAAAUACCACCAAAUACUUUAGUGAUUCAAGAAGGAGAUAUUGGAUCGCAUCUUUACGUCUCAGCGGAAGGAGAAUUUGAUAUCUAUGAGGGCAACAAGUUCCAAAGAACUUUUGGACCUGGUGUCGCAUUUGGGGAGAUUGCCUUAUUGUACAACACUAUGAGACUUCGAUCCAUCAAGGUAAAGAAGGGUGGAAAAGUAUGGGUACUCGAUCGAAGCGUGUUCCUCACGGUAAUGAUGAAAUCAGCCCAGGAGAGGCUGGAAGGAAACAUUCGAUUUCUUCAACGAGUUUCCGUUCUCCAAAAAUUACCCGAGCCUAAGGAUCACGUCUUGGCUAAAAUUUCUGAUCUCAUUCGUGUGGAAUUCUUCCCUGCCGACACAAAAAUAGUUCGGCAAGGAGAGAAGGGUGAAAAAUUUUACAUAAUCAGCGGUGGAAACGUCAAAAUAACAAAAGAUACCGAAAAUGGUAUAGAAGAAGAGUUGGUGGUUCUUGGAAAGGGUCAAUAUUUCGGAGAAUUAGCUAUUUACGAUGAUGCUGGUGAAAAUCGACGACAUGCCAAUGCGAUUGCAUUGGCCCCUGGUGUCGAAUGUUUAACAUUGGAUCGAAAUUCCUUCCUGAAUUAUUUGGGUGGUCUCGACGAAAUACGUAAUAAGGACUGGUUAGCAGAAUAUGAGAAACAAAAACGAUCAUUGACAUUUAAAAAAUGGUCUCACGAAUACUCAAACGUCACUUUAGCCGAUUUAGAAACUAAAGGUACCUUAGGAGUCGGUGGAUUUGGCCGUGUCGAUUUAGUCACCUUAAAAUCUGAUUCCGAAAAGAGUUUCGCGCUGAAGAAACUGAAGAAAAAAGUGAUGGUCGAGCAACAACAGCAGGAACAUGUUUUAAAUGAGAAACAUAUUAUGCAAGCCUGUGAUUCUCCGUUCAUAUGCAAACUCUACCAGACAUAUAAGGACAGCAAAUACGUAUAUUUCCUGAUGGAAGUUUGUCUAGGUGGAGACGUAUGGACAACUCUCCAAAGAAGACGAUUCUUUGACGAUGCGACUGCACAAUUCAUGGUAGGAUGCGUGGUGGAAGCUCUCGAUCAUCUUCAUUCGAUGAACAUUGUUUAUCGAGAUUUAAAACCGGAGAAUCUUAUGCUUGAUAUUCGUGGAUAUUUGAAAUUGGUUGAUUUUGGAUUCAGUAAAAAGAUUGGACCAUCCAAAACAUGGACAUUUGCUGGUACACCUGAAUAUGUAGCGCCAGAGAUUAUUUUGAACAGAGGCCAUGAUAGAGCGGUGGAUUAUUGGGCUCUGGGAAUUCUAAUUCACGAAUUAUUGAUCGGUAAGCCACCCUUCCGAGGCUCUGAUCACAUGACCAUUUACAACAAAAUUGUAAAAGGUAUCGAAGUAGUUGGAAUACCAAAUACCAUUAAUAAAAAUGCAAACAAUUUAAUCAAGAAACUUCUUCGUCUAAAUCCUUCUGAACGUCUUGGAUAUCAAAGAAAUGGUAUCCAAGACAUUCGAGAUCACAAAUGGUUCUAUGGAUUUAAUUGGAAUGCCUUGCAAAAACUGACUUUACCGGCGCCAAUCGUUCCAACGGUACGAAGUCGAAUUGACACGAGAAAUUUCGAGAGAUAUCCUCCAGAUCGUAAUAUUCCACCAGAUGAAUUCUCCGGAUGGGACGAGAAUUUCUAAAAGAAAAAAAAUUCAUGCAAUGAUCAAUUGAACACAAUUGAAUAUUAAUUGAAUGAAUAAUAAAAAUAAUGAAAUUUCAAAAAAAAAAAAA